AUGUGCUUUGAAGCACUUGAUCGAAUGCUCAGGGAUCUUAUGCCAGUUACCGAUCAACAUAAGACACAUCAACCAUUUGUCGGUAAGGUUGUUGUUCUAGGAAGUGAUUUUAGACAGAUACUUUCGGUGAUUCCGAAAGGGAGUAGACACGAUAUAUUGUCAUCAGCUAUUAACUCAUCCCAUCUGUGGUCAUUUUGUAAGGUUCUGAAACUGCAUACAAACAUGAGACUUCUAAUGUCUUCUUCGGAUCAAGAUGAAAGUGAAAUGAAGAGAUUUGCUAAUUGGAUACUAGAUAUUAGAAAUGGAAAUAUUGGUUCCAUUGUUGGUGAUGAAUCAGAAGUUGAAAUUCCAGAUGAUCUGUUGAUUACAACUACUGAUGACCCUCUCUCUCAUUUGGUAGACUUUGCAUAUCCAAAUUUAUUGCAAAAUAUGUCAGAUUAUAGGUAUUUUUAG